GAACAACAACAACACACCAGCAAUUUCGAAUUUCCAGCAACAAAUUCAUUCAACAAUUUGCAUCACCAAAUUUGAUUCUUCUCUCUAACUCUCUCUUCUGGUUAAUCGAUUUCACGGCGGUUUUCUAGUGCUCAGAGAGAGUGAAGGAAGGAGGUUUUCUUCCUUAGCAUACCAUGGUUACGGCAGCAGCAGCAACAGAUUCGAUAAAUCCAAGAGAUGUUUGCAUAGUUGGUGUUGCACGCACACCAAUGGGUGGAUUUCUUGGUAGUUUAUCAUCUUUAUCAGCCACCAAGUUAGGAUCCAUAGCAAUUGAAGCUGCACUCAAAAGGGCGAAAGUUGAUCCUUCACUUGUACAAGAAGUGAUCUUUGGCAAUGUUCUAAGUGCAAAUUUGGGGCAGGCUCCUGCCAGACAAGCUGCAUUAGAUGCAGGAAUACCUAAUUCAGUGAUUUGUACUACUGUCAACAAAGUUUGUGCGUCAGGGAUGAAAGCAACAAUGCUUGCGGCACAGAGUAUCCAGUUAGGCAUUAAUGACGUUGUAGUUUCUGGUGGGAUGGAAAGCAUGUCAAAUGUACCGAAGUACCUUGCAGAAGCAAGGAAGGGGUCUCGUCUUGGUCAUGAUUCUCUUGUUGAUGGAAUGCUGAAAGAUGGUUUAUGGGAUGUCUAUACUAACUCUGGCAUGGGAAAUUGCGCCGAGUUAUGUGCAGACAAAUAUGAAAUUACAAGGGAGGCUCAGGAUAACUUCGCUGUUCAGAGCUUUGAGCGUGGUAUUGCUGCCAAGGACAGCGGUGCCUUCGAAUGGGAAAUUGUUCCGGUCGAAGUUUCUGGAGGAAGGGGAAAACCAUCGACUACUGUCAAUUCGGACGAUGGCCUUGGAAAGUUCGACCCUGCCAAGUUGAGGAAGCUUCGACCAAGUUUUAAAGAGUAUGGAGGUACCGUAACUGCAGGCAAUGCGUCCAGCAUAAGUGAUGGUGCUGCUGCCAUAGUUCUAGUGAGUGGCAAGAAGGCAUUGGAACUUGGGCUGGAAGUGAUAGCAAAAAUCAAAGGAUAUGCUGAUGCUGCUCAUGCGCCAGAAUUUUUCACAACUGCACCAUCCCUUGCAGUUCCAAAGGCUAUUUCCCAUGCUGGCUUAGAAGCUUCACAAAUCGACUUCUACGAAAUAAAUGAAGCGUUUGCUGUUGUGGCUCUUGCUAAUCAGAAAUUGCUUGGAAUCUCUCCUGAUAAAGUUAACGUACACGGUGGAGCCGUGUUGUUGGGACAUCCUCUUGGUUGCAGCGGGGCACGUAUCUUGGUCACGCUUUUGGGGGUACUAAAGCAAAAAGGUGGGAAAUAUGGAGUUGGAGGUGUUUGCAAUGGUGGAGGUGGUGCAUCUGCUCUUGUAUUGGAGCUUGUGUGAAGCUGUUCGAGUCUCGAGCGUAUGCGUCAAAGAAAACUGAUAAGGUAACGUGUCCGACCAUGGUUCGUAUUAACUUGUUGUCUUCUUUUUCCCCCUUCUGAUGAUGAUAGGCUUAGAGAUCUGGAGAAGUAGAGGCAAUCAAGAUGUGUAAUAAGGUUAAAAGUGUAUUGUAUUUAGCCUU